AUGGACGUCAAUGGAUCAGCAAACACGUUGAAUCCUCGAGUGCAGCCCACAAUCCGAUCAUUCUUCCAACCUCGACAGCCCAGUUACACAGCACCACCCUCUCUUCCCGUCAGCAAACCUGACACUUCACCUCCCCUAGCCUCACUCUUACAAACGCCCCCAUCAGCGGCCCAAAUGCCACAGAACACCACGUUAACAUCGACAGUCCAACCACAACGAUCCGUCACUCUCCCGCAACAAGCGACCAUCUCCCCCGUCCUAGAACAACACAUCCAACCGCUCCGGCGCAUAAACUCCCUUCUCCUCCCAAUCCACUACCCCGACUCCUUCUACCACAAAAUCCUCUCUCCAGACGGCCCCAUCUCCUUCUCACGAACCAUACUCUGGACCUCUCCUCCCUCCACAGACUCCCCCUCCGAAACCAAAGUCAUCGGCGGCAUAAUCUGCCGUCUCGAUCCCGCCCUCUCUCCUCUCUCAACACCCCGAGCCCCCAUAUACCUGGAAGGGACUCACGACAUCUACAUCCAAUCACUCGCACUCCUUUCUCCAUACCGCUCAAAAGGACUAGCCGCAGAGGUAUUACAGGAGAUUAUCGAGGCAGCGGUGAUGCAGGCUUCUGCUGCCCCGAUAGAGGUGAGGAUUGCGAGUUUAUACGCGCAUGUCUGGACAGAGAAUGAGGAUGCUUUGAAGUGGUAUGCUGCACGGGGGUUUAAGAGGGAGGAGCCAAUUCUCCACGGCUAUUACAGGAGGCUAAAACCGGACACUGCUUGGAUUCUGAGGAGACGGUUGAUGCCUACGGACCAUCUUGUCAAUUUACCUCUUCAAAUGUCUCAAUCAAGUCCGACUCCACCGCCAGCACCAAUCUCAACGCCAAUAGCUGCACCAGUGGCGACGAGGCCGGGGGCUCAAUACUCAGCGCGAUCUUUCCAAGAAAGAGGCCCAGACAGAGAAUGGAACGAUCUACCGGAAGAUGUUCUGGGGAACGUGAUGUUGAAGCCGCCUUCACAUCUAGGGAGUAGAGAGGGCAGUGCAACGAGCUCGAGGAGUAGUUCGAGGAGCGGCAUUGAAGGGAAGGGGAAGAAGAAGAGGGUUUAUCCUGCGGCUGCUUUUGGGAGUUGA